AUGCCUAAAAACUUCACCCUACCAACGACUCUAAAACCCUACCAAGGAAUAGGAGACCCAAAUAUCCACGUCACCAAAUUCCACACCUUGAUGUUUAUGAACAAAGAAUCCGAUCCAAUUUUUUGUCGCACUUUCCCAACCUUCCUGGAUGGAGCCACCCUUAUUUGGUUCUCCAACCUCCCUGAAGGCUCCGUGUCCAAUUUUGAUGAGUUGGCCGACCAGUUCGUCAACCAUUUUGCUGCAUCCAAAAUAUAUGUCCACAAUUCCGAUUACCUGAGCACCAUCAAACAAGGGCCGAACGAAAGCCUGAAAGACUACAUGACCAGGCGACAACCCAGAUCGAAAUUGCGAAGAGCAGAAAAGCCUACCCCGAAUGGAGAGAACGAAAGACGAAACAAGCAUUCAAACAGUAGAACAGAUCAAAGAUCAUUUAGACUGACACCUAAGUUCGACAGCUACACUCCCUUUAAUACCAAAAGGGAAGACAUUGUCAAAGACAUCCUGCAUUCAAAGCUCAUCAAACCUCCAAACAGGGCUGGCACAUAUCAAGACCAGCGAUAUGUAGACAAAUCCAAAUACUGCGCCUUCCACCAGAAAUACGGACAUACCACAGAUGACAAUGUAAUAGCAAAAGAUAUCCUCGAAAAGCUGGCCCGCCAAGGACUAUUGGACAAAUAUAUCGAUAGUCGCGGAUGGAAGCGGAACACAGAAGACCUCAUCCAGCAAUCUAAAAUAACUGACAAUUCCCGAGAUAAAGGGAAAAAGGUAGACAGUGAUAUCAAUCCACCUCGCAGAGUAAUAAAUUACAUUUCCGGUGGUUUUACAGGUGAAGGAUGCACAAACUCGGCAAGAAAAAGGUCGUACCGAGCUAUGAUGACCAUGACAGGGUCAACCUCGUCCCAACCCGUCAACAAGGACAAACCAGAGAUCUUGUUCCUCCCUAAAGACUAUAAGGCAACCGACUGCAACCUGGACGACCCCGUAGUCAUCACAGCACAGGUCGAAGAGCCGCUAGUAAAGAAGAUCCUGAUGGAUCCAGGGAGCAGCGCAAAUUUGCUAUUUUACUCAACAUUUCAAAAGAUGAAGCUAAGUGACAAAGCUCUCCAGCCAUCACUCGGGGAACUGGUAGGUUUCUCAGGUGAGCGAGUUUCUAUCCGAGGCUACAUUUGGUUACAAACCAAAUUUGGAGAUUAUCCUAAUAGUAAAACCAUAGAUAUACAAUACCUUGUUGUUGAUUGCAAAAGUCCAUACAAUAUAAUCUUAGGCAUACCGUCCUUAAAUGCAUUCAAUGCUAUUAUCUCUACUGUGUAUUUGUGUGUUAAGUUUCUUUCACAGGAUAACAAAGUAGUUACAAUGCAUGGGGACCAGAAGGAAGCCAGGCAGUGCAAUAACGCCAGCCUAAAAAUCGAAUAUCCAAGGCAACCCGAGCAACAGUAUGUCCAGGCAGUAUACGAUUCAGGUCACUUACCCCCUGGCCGACUUGGACCCAUGGACCAACUAUUAGGAAAGACCAAUGCCAACAGGCGACCUUACGAAGGUUCAACUAACGGCCGAAGAAGGAAAGCACACAUACCUCGGCAACGGAUAGACCCCAACGUCAUCUGUCACAAGCUAGCUAUCAAUCCAUCAAUCCGACCUAUAGCUCAGAAGAAAAGACACCUCGACACAGAUAAGAGAGCAGCUUCCCUGAAGGAAACCCAAAAGCUACUCAAUGCCAGUUUCAUCAAAGAACUCAGAUAUUACACCUGUUUUAUGGAUGCCUAUUCUGGCUAUAACCAGAUACUGAUGCAUUCGACUGACCAAGAUAAAACUACUUUUAUCACUGACAAUGGUGCUACUUACCAAAGACUCAUGGACAAAAUUUUUGCAAACCAAAUUGGAAAGAACACAGAGGUUUAUGUCGACGACAUGGUGGCCAAAUCAACAUAUACAACAGAUCAUGUUAACGACCUGAAGGAAAUAUUCCAACAACUUCAAAUGUACAACAUGAAGCUUAAUCCAGAAAAGUGCGCUUUUGGAGUGCAGGGCGGGAAAUUCCUCGGGUUCAUGCUAACUUGCCAAGGUAUUGAAGCCAAUCCCGAAAAAUGUCAGGCAAUCCUAAACAUGAGAAGCCCAAAGACGGUCAAAGAAGUUCAACAAUUAACUGCCCGACUUGCAGCGUUGGCCAGGUUUUUACCUCGCAUAGCUCACCGAUCACAUCAUAUUUUCAAGACUCUAAGAAAACAACAACAGUUCGAAUGGACCGAAGAGUGCGAAGAAGCCUUCGCCGAUCUCAAAACCAUACUAUCAGAACCACCAAUCCUUCAAACCCCAAAGGUCGGCAAACCACUUUACCUCUAUUUAUCUGUCACUAAUCAUGCUAUCAGUUCUGUCUUGGUAACAGAAACAGAAAAGCAACAACAUCCAGUAUACUUCGUCAGUAAAUCCCAUCAGAACACCGAGGUCCAGUACCCGAAGCUAGAAAAACUGGCCCUAGCCCUUGUAACAACGGCAAGACGCCUACUGCAUUACUUCCAAAGCCAUACUAUUGUGGUCAGAACCGAGCAACCCCUCCGGCAAAUCCUGACGAAACCCGAGCUGGCCGGAAGAUUAAUUAAAUGGACGAUCGAGCUGUCGGAAUACGAUAUCCAAUACCAAUCCCGAGAAGCCAUCAAAUCUCAAGCAUUAGCCGAAUUCAUUGCAGAACUCACCUUAGAAGAAACAGGCGCUACAGAUAACAAACAGACACUAUGUGUCGACGGAGCAGAAAUACUACUUGAGGACGAACAAGGAACAGCCUUAGAGCAAUCUCUACAAUUUACCUUCCAUGCAAGCAAUAACCAAGCAGAAUACAAAAUGCUAAUAGCAGGACUACGACUGGCCCACACAAUGGGCAUAACACAGCUAAGCGUCAAAUGCGAUUCCUUACUUGUAGUACAACAGGUAACAGAACAUCCACAAACUAACGGUUUAGCCGAAACUGCCAAUAAGAUCGUUUUACAGGGCCUUAGAAAGAAACUCGAAGACUCCAAAGGCGAAUGGACCGAGCUUAUCCCAGAGGUACUGUGGAGCUAUAACACAACAUAA